AUGCCUGCCGUCGUUAAGCCGCAGCCGGUCAUCGUAGGCAGGAACAACCACAGAUCCUACGCGGAUGCAAGGGACCUGCUCCGGGAGGUGUCCUACGCAGACAAGCAUCGGCGAUUCGGCUUCUUCGUCAACGCCAAUGCCGAAGCUCUGCGGCCCCUGUUGGUCGCGCACGGCGGCCAGCGCAAGAUCGUCGCCGAUGCCGGCCCCCAGACCCUGGACACAGUCGACGUUGACGCCGUGGCCCAGCGCAUGGCGGCCCAACUGCGGACACACCUUGCGGACCCCGAUGUGGCCGACUGGCUGCUGCCUGAGUUUAGCACUACCCUUCCCCACGACCGCGCAACUGCCACCAUGGUGUUCCUUGGCACCAUGAAGGAGUAUUUCUCCUACGACGUUGUUUUUGGAUGCGGCUUUCCAUCGGUAACGCUCCACGGGGCCCGCGACGACUCGGCCGAUCUACUGCAGCGGGCGGGGCGAUUCUCUCGUUUCGGCGACGAGCCUGCCGCUUGGUCCCACCGCCUUGUUAAGGCUCUCGGAUACAUGGUAGGCAGCUUCGGCCGGCCCGAUAACGCGGACAUGCGCGCCUUCUGGAUGCGUUGUUGUCAUUCAGCCGGGGCCGAAGCCUCCGGGGAGCUUGUCACCAUGUCCGGGUGGGUCGCGGCUUUUUGCUGGUGGACGGCGGACGGGGAUGGCGUCGUGUAUCCUGUCAUUACCAUGGAAGAAAUCCCUACGGGCAUCACCAAGGCUCCUAUUACGUGGCGCAAUAACGAUGGGGAGGAAGUCAACACCUUGUUCUUGGCGGGUCUGCCGGUGAAUGGCUUCCCUGCUCAACUCAGCAUCGACGAGUCACAGAACUACGACACGCAGAGGCCGGACGUGGGCUGCGUCAGAGCCGUUUGCAGGAGCGCCGUGCCGGGUUGGCCAAGACGCGCAUCUCCGAGCCCGUCUCGCGUCGACUCGCACGUUAGCCCUCCGCAAGGGGCGCGUGGGAAGGGAAGAAGGGGGCCAGAAGGCGACGGCGUAAGCAUCGAAGACGACUCCUGGUGCCCGCUGAGGGACCCAGAUCACCCUGCCCAGUCCUGAACCGCCAAAUCGAUAUGCUUAGAAUCUAUUUUUGCCUUUUACCAUAGCUAUGUCCCAACCCUUAUAAUGCAAGC